CACGUAGGCAAACAGAUUUUUAUUUUGAAAUAAGGAAAAAAGAUCGGAGUGAAUCAUUCUUCAUCUUCAUUAUGACGUCAUUCAACGAUGAGUCAGCGGUAAUCCAACAAAUGACAUGCUUGCUUUUAAAUAGUAAUUUACAAAUUUUUAUAACCAAAGUUAUUUUUUUUUUUUAUCGUUAUUUCAACCUCAUAUUUACUGCUUUUUACACCAGAAGUCUUUCCUAUAUCGGCAUUUUUAUUCAGUAAAUAUAAUGCCGUUCUACACGGGUUCAUCUCCGCUAGACGACAUUGUCGAGAAAGCAACGACUGAGACGAAUACCAGCGAAGAUUGGGGAAAAAUUAUGGAUAUUUGUGAUCGCGUUUCGCGCUCACCGUCAGGACCAAAAGAUGCGCUGAAAGCGAUCUUAAAGAGAGUCGUUCACAGAAUACCCCAAGUGUCACUUCAAGCACUUUCUCUUCUCGAUGCCUGCGUUAAUAACUGCGGAAAGUCUUUUCAUUUGGAAAUUUGUUCGAGAGAUUUUGUUAGUGAAGUUAGAAACAUCUUAAAAAAGCUUCAUAGAACAGCGGCUUUAAAGAUGAAAGGCAUGAUCAGAGAUUGGGCAAAAUUAUUCAAAAAUGAUUCACAAUUAAACCUUAUUCCAACACUUUACGAGGAACUUAAACGUGAAAAAGAAGAUUUUCCAGAAGGUGAUGCAUCAAGCAUUGGUUUAUCCUCCGUACCAGCGAAGAAAUCAACAUCGAAUGAAGAUGACGACUUGGCAUUAGCCAUUCAGUUAUCUUUAAGUGAAGCAAAAUCCAGCCAGCCCAAAACUCAGAGUCUAUAUCCAUCUAUUUCAUCAUCACAGUCAUCUUCAUCAUCAAAGUCACGGAAAGUACGAGCGUUGUAUGAUUUCGAGGCUGUUGAAGACAAUGAACUGACUUUUAAAACUGGAGAUAUCAUUACAGUGACAGACAACAGCGAUGCUAAUUGGUGGAAAGGUGAUCUUAAUGGAAAGUCUGGACUAUUUCCUGCAAACUUUGUCUCAGCAGAUCUAACACCAAAACCUAAGCAAGUCAAAAAGAAAAAUAAGAAAAAGUCUAAGAAAGUGAGCUUUUCUGAGAAGAACUCUGUCAAGGAAUUUGAAGCAUCAAAGGCUGUUGUGGAGCCUUUAGUGAUAAGUGAGGAAAAGAUUGAGAAGUGUUUGGAAAUGUUAAAGAACGCCAGCGUUGAAGAUGAAGAGGAAGAUGAUGAUGGUUUAAUUGAGCUGGAAGAAACUUGCAAGAAAAUGGCUCCACUUAUCGCAGAGAAAAUUCAAAGUACACAGAAAAGACAUGAUGACCUCACAGAUUUAAAUGACAGCUUUCUGAUAGCGAUGGACACAUAUCAAAAAAUGUCAAAGGAACCGAUAGCAGUAAGACAAACAUACCCUGUCGUUGGUCAGGUACCACAAUAUACAGGAUAUAAUGCGCCCAUGGUAAACAAUCCUACCAUACCUCAGUCGUUUGCUGGUUAUCCAACGGCGCAGUACGUACCAGGGGCUACACUGCAACACCCACAGGGUUUAGUGGUUGCUGAUGGCAUGGGUGCAGCAUAUUCGUCUCCGGGCCCUCCAAAUUACGCAGCUCCUCUAAACCAAGGUCAGUACGUUCCACAAUUACAACAAAACCUUGGUUACCAGGUUCCAGGUAAACCUCCAAACGUGGCGCCAAUGCCUGGCCCGACAGAAUAUUACUCGGGUGCUCCAACACAUGUUGCACAAUAUCAACCAGAAUAUACUGCAGCUUACGGCUGGUGAUUGUUAAAUAUACAUAGAAAUAAUUACAGAAUUAAUCACAGAAUCACAGGUGAUAGGUGAAUAAGUGUUUGUGCCAUUGAGCUCUAUAUAUGUACCUGGAGUAGGAAUGCAUGAAAGGUCUCAUUCUGUAAUUGGACUGCCGGAUAAGGACUGUUGACUGGACCUCUGGACAGUUGAGUGAGGCAAAAUUCAUACUCCAGGUAAACAUAUAGAGCUCAGUCAUCUGAUCGUUUUCUGACGGGGGGGGGGGAGGCUUGAGAGAAGGUUUCCUGCGAAUGCUAGAGUUGUCAACAACACGAUAGUGUAGUGUAGUGUACCGUGGCGUGGGAUGAAAUGUAUUUAAAUUUGUAUAUAAUGCUGUCUCUUGGGUGCCAUAAUUUGGAAGAUGCUUGCUCUGAUCUUCUGCAAUCAUAAGAAAGAAUUCCAGUCAACUCUAGCUUUAUAAAUAGUUUAACAUAUAAUUAGGAUCGCUUAGUGCUUACGUUCAAUUUACCAGCUGAGCAAAAUCAAUAAUCUUCGCUGUCUUAACUAAGACAAAGCGUGUGUGUAAUCAUUGAAUUGAAGUAAAAUUUUAUUAAAACCAAACAAAUAUAAUAAAAUAUAAAUAACAAAUAUAAUAAAAUUUAGUUCAUCUUGAGACUGCAGUAUUAUCCUAUACACUCUAUGUACACUCCUCACUCAAAACUACUGACAGAAAAUCCCAGUAUUUUUUGCUGUCAUUUGACGUGUGAUAUUGAUUCGGGACGUUGUAUUUCGUUUUAAAAUACCUAUUUACACUUGCAAUGCUGGCCGUGUUUUUUUAGAAGGAAACAAGGGUAUAGUUAUGAAUAUUUGAAUGUGAAAAUGCUCUCACCCAAUAUCUAUAACGUACGUGUUAGCAUCUCAAAUUAAAAAUAAUCACAAAAAUUGUUCCGCAUUGUCUCUUUCAAAUAUCAUAGCUUUCUUCCAAGCUCUUCUUUGAAAUAUUUCCAUUUUUUCUUCCAUCCAAUAUCCGGCCCUUCCUCAUUAUCAUACGGCAGGUAUUCGCGCAGCUGUUUUGCCAGCACCUGUCUGUUUCAAGAAGACGAUAUUCUUCUGCACCUUGACUACCCAGUGUUGUUUAGUCCUUUCAGUGUCUUUCAGGACUCAAAUAUAUUGUUUGUGUUUA